UGAACUCUCUUUCUCCUCCCUCGUUCCGCCGCGACCUCCUCGAUCUCCUCCGCCUAAACCCUAACCCUCUCGCUCGCCCUCUCCAUCGCCGUUCGCCAUGAACGUGCGAUGGUCCUGAGGCCUCGACUGCGACCGACACCCCUCUCGGAUCGUCUCCGCGCGCUGCUCUUACCCUUGCCCAGGCGCUUCGCCGGCGACAAGGCGGUGGCGGAGUCGGGCUCCGGCGGUGGCGCCGCCGCAUCCUCCGAUGGGGCGGCGGCGGCGGUGGAGGCGAGGAAGGAGGCCUACCGACAGAUCCAGAACCUCGACUUCAUGACCGCGGCGAAGAUCCUGUUCACCACUCCUCCCAAGCGGAAGAAGUUCGGGCUCGAUUUCCAUUUGGUGCAGCUCUUUUUCGCAUGCAUGCCUUCGCUAGCUGUGUAUUUGGUGGCUCAGUAUGCGAGGUAUGAGAUCAGGAGAAUGGAGGCGGAAGUGGAGGAGAAAAAGAAAAAAGCCGAGGAGGAAGAAAAGGCGAAGCAGGCUGAAUUAGAAUCCCUCGAAGAAGACAAGGAUCUAAAGCUAUCGAAGGUGAUAGAUAGGUUGGAUAAACUGGAGGAGGUCGUAAAGGAAAUCGCGGACGAGAAAAAGAAAACUCCCACUUCCGACUCUUCCAAAGACCAAGAGGUCAAAAGCAAAGAAGAAGCUUCUUCUGCUGAGAAGAGUUCCGAUCAGAAAAAUUACGUAGAAGCCAAAGAAUUGACCACGAACAAGAGUAAGGAGAGCCCCGAGGGGCAAGCAAGAAACGUUGACAAGGCAAAGGCGGCAUCUAAUUAGUCGGAUAAACGGUGCCUCAUCCUGUUAUUUGUUCUACAGAAGUGUUUUUGUAUGAGAAAUUCCGAACAUUGUGUAUUCUUUGUUUGAGAAACGGGACGGCCACAAAUUGUAUUCGUUAUUACGUUUUCAAGGGAAUACAUUUGAUUGUUCGCAUGGUGAGAGCUCAUUUGAAGGUGAUA